AUGUUUAGGGAGGAAAAGGGAAGCGUAGUGUCAUUGAUCGCGAAACUUACGGAAGUUUAUAAGUGGAAUGCAGCUCAUGAAUAUAUUGUCGCAGCUCAAUUUAACAAAACAACAAUUGCAAACUUUGUGAGAAAUUCGAAAAUAAUUCUAAGGAACGAUGCCGAAGAGAUGAUGCAGAGGCUGCACCAUCUUGGCAUUCCACUGAUUGUUUUCUCGGCUGGCAUCGGUAAUAUCAUUGAGAUGUUUUUACAACAGAAACUUGGACAAAUGCCAACAAAUAUUCAUAUUAUUUCCAAUAUGAUGAACUUUAAUGAUAAGGGCAUCGUAGAAUCGUUCUCGCAGCCGCUAAUUCACACGUUCAACAAAAAUUCCUCCGUUAUUCCUGAAGAGGUCGACUUCUUCCACAAAGUUAGGAAAAGAAUAGGCUUUUACAAUUCGGAAACAGACAACCUCCUCAACCAAUAUCUUAACGUCUAUGAUAUAGUUCUUGUGCGGGAUCAGACUAUGGAUGUCCCUGACUACAUUGUACAAAUCAUAGCUGGAAGCCAUUUGCACUUUGUUUGA